UUCAUCAGAUCCUUUGCUGCUUCUUCUGUCCUCCUUUUCAUGUGUGUCUCCUUGUGUUUCUUCACUUUACCUUUUUUCUCUCCUUUUUGUUGAUACACAGGUCCUCCUCUUCCUCUUCUUCAUCUUCAUCAUCUUUUUUCUUCACCCCUUUCAUUAUUUUCUGUGUACCUUCUAUGGCGGUUUUACCAAGUAGCUCCUCAAACUUGGAAUUGACCAUAUCUGUCCCUGGCUUUGCUUCUUCACCAGUCCUUCUUCCCUUAUCAUCUGUGAAAGAAUUGGACAUAAACCAAGUACCUCUAGAAGAAGAUUGGAUGGCAUCAAACAUGGAAGAUGAAGAAGAAGGCAGCAAUGGAGACCCUCCUCGCAAGAAACUCCGUCUCACAAAGGAACAAUCUCGUCUCCUUGAAGAAAGCUUUAGACAAAACCACACUUUGAACCCAAAGCAGAAAGAGUCUUUGGCAAUGCAACUGAAGCUGCGACCGAGGCAAGUGGAGGUGUGGUUUCAGAAUCGUAGGGCCAGGAGCAAGCUGAAGCAGACGGAGAUGGAGUGCGAGUACCUGAAGAGGUGGUUUGGUUCCCUCACAGAGCAGAACCGGAGGCUGCAGAGGGAAGUGGAAGAGCUACGAGCCAUGAAGGUGGGCCCACCCACCGUGAUCUCCCCUCACUCCUGCGAGCCGCUCCCUGCCUCCACACUUUCCAUGUGUCCCCGCUGCGAGCGUGUCACCUCCACCGCCGACAAACCGCCCUCCGCCGCCGCCGCCGCCGCCGCCGCCACUUUGUCCCCUAAAGUGCCGCCAACGCAAUCCCGUCAACCCUCCGCUGCCUGUUGACCCUAUAAUAUAGUCUCCUACUCCUGCACGCCACCGGCCUCUACUACCUCUUCAUCAUCUAAUUAAUUAAUCAGAAGCAGUGGAGAAACUAAACUAAAGUUAAUUAGAAAACUAAAAGUUAAUGUGAAUGAAGAUAUAAUGUGUUAGCAAAAAAAAAUGUUUUAUAGCUUCUUUUUUGUUUUUUUACAAAAAGGGUGUUUUUGGAGAGGGGAACUUUUGUAGUUUGUAGUAGUAGUAGUGGUACUUCUUUUCAAUCGUCAAUGCGUAUUUGAUUAUUUGCGAUUUCA